CGACUAUUCUCGGAACGGCAGCCUGCAAAAAUUCGGGUCCACUUGGAUCGUUGAUCCGAAGCUGGUAUAACGCAUAACAAACUGGUUUCCCCUCGUGCUGGAGUCGGGCGAGAGUAAGAGUAAUCUUGCGACUUUCGUUUAUUCCCGUGAUGUCAUAAAUAUAAGUCGAUACCGUAACCUCAAAUGCGUCCUCAGUGAAAGGGUCGAUAGUCGUCGCCGCCUUCGAGUCUUUGAAAGAGAAUCUCCCGAUAUGGAACACGCGGGACUCGGGGAAAGUGAGGUUAGGUCGGCUCGGAUGUAACCUACCUUCGCGCUCGGCGACAAGGAGUAUACCGGGCACGAGACGUCGUUUACUCCGCACGAAUCUCUGAGUCCAUCCACCCUGAAAGUCCGACAGAAAAGGAUUCAAGUGGGUCAGAUUUUCGGGGGCUCGAUACUGUUUACCAGGAAUGGUAAGCAUCGGCCGUGAUACGGAUGGCGCAAAUCUGGUAGUUGGACGAGCUAUGCAUCAAGGAGACAUACUUCCGGCAAAGGCGAAGCCCGAACAUGGAAUAGCCUACGUUAGUUAUCAUGGAGCUGAGCAUGUGAAGCACGACUUCGAAAUCCUAAUGCCGGCCGAUUUCCUUUGGGUGCCCGCAAGGAAUGGCGACGUACCGGAAACCGCCGUCAAGGCCGGAAAAACUGUCGAAGGCGAACCUCUUUACGUGGGUCGAGUUUUCCACAAUGGCGUGCCAGUUGCCGGAAAGAUACACAGGAGCCACGGUGUGCUCUACAUCCCUUACGGAGGCGAAGAGAUAUCCUAUAGGGAGUACGAGGUCCUAGUGCAAGGUUGAAUUACAUCUUCCUUCGGAGAUCUCCGUCUUCUCCUCGUUGCCAAUAAGGAGUUUCAAUUUCCUCGACCCUCCUCUUGAAGCAGGGCCGAGGCCGGGCGUCGAUUUCAUUUCCACUAAUAAAACCCGCGAAUCGGUGUUUACUCCACGUUUGAAAAGCCCGCUUUCCCUCGGCCUGUUUCGCCGAUGAGACGGCAAUCGAGGCGAGACAAGAAGAAAAAGAGGGAGCUGAGAUUACCUAUCGCGUACUUGAUUAAUAUGCAUGGAUGUAAUCUAUCGGCGUGACUGAAAUAAAUCCUGUAAGUGUCCCAACACCGUGGUAACGAGAGGAGAACAAAGUGAGAUGUCCUUUAUUCCACGCUAGGUAUAAUUGCGCGAUUGUUUACGGAUCAUCAAGACCACGAAGUAGUAUAAGGAGAUAUAACGCCAUGUAUUGAAAUUUUCAAUUUUCCCAUGGCCUACUAUUCCAUUGAACGUCAAUGACACCCAAUUUUCGCCAUGAGCAAGACUGCAAUAUGUACAGAAAAGCAAUCAGGUUGGAAUAGGCUAUAACUACUACCAUACCUAAUAUUUUUCUUUUACAUCUAUCUUUUAUGUCAUUCCACUGUUAUGUUAAGAGAAAUAAAUUGCAGAUUCCUACAAAGCCAA